AUGAUUGAUCCGCUUGCAGCAGAUCCACAAAGCCGAUCACAUUUCCUGCAGUGCCAGCCAGCACCGAACAGUCUGUAUUGCGGCCGUUGGCAACGUAUGCCUUGCGAACCGGGGCUUAUUUUCAAUGUCCAGCUGCAAGUUUGUGUGUGGGAUGCAAGUGCACAGCCAGGAGGUGUACCACCGCCUACUGCAGCACCAGGUGUGAGUCCAUAUCAACCCUUGAUUCCAUCAGCAACGCCUGGUAUCGUGCCCCAGCCAUCCUACAUUCCGUCUCCAAUGCCGGGCAUGGCGCCGCAGCAACCCUAUAUUCCAUCAGUAACCCCAGUUCCAGGUAUGCUGCCCCAGCAACCCUUUGUUCCAUCAGUGACUUCAGGCCCAGGCAUGCCAUCCCAGCAGCCCCUUGUUCCAGCAGCAACUCCAGCACCAGGCAUGAUUCCGUACCAGCCAGUGCAACCUCAGUACGUUACAACGAUGUAUCCGGUACCGUCAGUUCCUACUGUCCAGCGGCCAUAUGAUAGCACUGGACAGUGCAGCUGCAGUGCUGGGCUGCAAAUUGGUGUCUGCAUCGACAGCCAAUGUCCUGGUCAGUCGGUCUGUCAGACCAGUCAUAAGGUACUUAUUUGCAAUUAUGACUUUUUUGAGGAGUGCCUUCGAAAUCCCUUGGAUUUCCAAAAAAAAUUCAGAAUAACUGUCUGAAU